AUGCUACGGGCCUACAUUCCGCCCGCUCGCGAUUUGCCGGAUAAAAAGGUCGGGGGACCUUGGGCUAGCGGCUCGGCUCGGUUGGGAGUGGACACGACACGCAACGGAGAGGCUUGCUCGUGUAGAGACUCAGACGAGGCUACAUUGGCCAUGCUUUUAUUCUUUUUCCGCCUUCAAGAUUUCGGAUCCCUACUUGUCGGCUCGAUGCCCUUCCUUUCGGAAAGUUGUAGACACGCUUCGACUCCACCGCCGCCGCUGUUCGCGGGUGGCUUCGAACCCGCGCCCGGCCCGUUCCCAGCGACACUCGGCGACGCGACACAAAACGAAAACGCGCGCGCACCGCCAUCGGCUCCAUUAUUGCGGGCAUUUUUC